AUGCCUGCCCGCGACCAGUCGUGCGGCUGCAGCCGGGGACCCAACGUGGAGCGUGGGAAGUGGUACGGGGUCCGCUCCUACCUGCACCUCUUCUACGAGGACUGCACCGGCGCCGGUCUGGCUGAUGACGUGACCGAACCCCCACUCUCCCGUGCCCAUGGCGGAUGGCCCUCCCUCGUCUGGAAGGUGAGUCUCUCAGCGGGAAUGCUGCUCUUGCUGAUUGGAGCCGCAGCAUUGGCCACAGGGUACCUGGUGCCCCCGAAGCUGGAGGGCAUCGGCGAGGAAGAGUUUAUGGUGCUUGACCUGCAGGCGAUGGCCUAUAACCAUGCCCUGGUGACCUGCAGACUGGUGGGCACUGUCCUGUGCGCCUUGGCCGGGGCCCUGGGGGCGGCGGGCGUCCUGGCGUGCGUGCUGGGCAGGGCUGCGCGAGGGGGCGAGGAAGAGGAGGAGCAGCAGCUAUCGCCCAUUCUGCGGGAGAGCCCCCUGAAGAAGCACAGCACCAUCAUCAUGCCGCCGGCAGCAGCAGGAUCACCGGCUGUGCCCUUCGGCGCUUCGCAGAUACAAAACAUACAGCCAAAGAGGGACACCCAGCUCCCCCUCCUGCCCCCCUCCACCACCGCACCCGCUCCCUGA